AUGCAAGAAGCCAUUACCACUUUAUCUCAGGAAGUAAUCAAGUUAAAGAAGGACGAUGCAAUUGAAUUGAAUGCUUUAGAACAAGCAUCUACUGCUUUCGCUAAAGAAACUCAACAACAAACUGAAUUGAAAAACAUUGAAAACCAGGAUUUUGAACAGAAUCAAGAAGAAAUCGAAGAUCUUAAGAACAAAAUCGAAGGUAUUGCUGCAACUGAAAAGAAUGACGCACUCAAUACUCAACAGGAGUUAACUAAUACUUCUACUGCUUUUACCGACUUUGUGGAUACAUUCGAGAAAUUUAGACUUGAACAAACACAAUUUGCCCAAAAGGUUAAAAGUGAAAUCAUUAACAUGAAGCAACAAUCAGCUGUGACCCAGCCAGGUACUCAAUCAGGAUACCCUAUUGAUGUUCAAACCAAGAUUGACGAAAUCGAGAAAUUUGUCCCAGACUUGAUCAUCAAACGCUCAGAUUUCAGAUUAUUAGCGUGUAUUAAGAAUGUCUCUGAUGUUAAUUUAGGAAACAUUAAGUCUGAUAUGUUCAAUUUACACCAAGGCCAAUUCCGGCGACCCACUCCAUCUUAG